GGUCUGUAUGCACUUUGGAAGGAAACUCUCACCUUAGGAUUUGCUUUCACAGACUUUGGGCAAAAUACGAAAGUCCACAUCCUGCUUCUUUUGUCCCAUGUCAGUGGAAUUGCAGGUCGGAAAUGUACAAAGAGUGGAAGCCUAAGAAUUCAGCGUAAAGAAUGAACUAUUUAGGUCGUUUUGUGUCGAACGUUCGAGGAUUUUACAACGAGAUAAACUCGGCCACUCUUACUGGAGCUAUCGAUGUUGUGGUGGUACGACAGGAAGAUGGGUCUUACAUUGGUUCGCCGUUCCACGUUAGAUUUGGAAAACUUGGCGUACUCCGAAGUCGAGAAAAGAUCGUUGAUAUAGAAAUCAAUGGAGAACCAGUGUCACUACAGAUGAAACUUGGCGAUGCAGGAGAGGCAUUUUUCGUUGAAGAAGUAGAUAAUGACCCCUCAGAAUUUGGUACAUCCCCUGUACCAUCUCCUGAGACACUUGAUGAUGCCAAGAAGGAGGAUAUUACAUCUCAAGAGGAAAUUAUUAGCAACACAAGCAUCAGUACUAAAAACAGUGCAACUAAGCUAGCUGAAAACCCUCAAGAGAAUGUUGUUGACAUGUCUGUCACAGAGGAAGUACCUGCAAAAUCUGUUUACCAAAGAGUACAAGCCCUAAAGGGUGAAGUGGUUUCUGACAUUGGUUCAGAUGAUAAAAUUUCAGAUAGUAGUGUAGAGGAAGAUAGUAAAGCCAAAGAAGAAACUCACAGUGAUUCAGAAACUGGGGAGUGUAAAGAAUCAAACAAAGAAGUUACAGAUAGAAGAAUAGUUUCUCCUGUAGAAAAUAAUGCAGAGUCUGACACUAAUGUGGAGGCUGUGGUAAGAAACAUAACUUCUAAGUCAGACAGUAUUCCUAUACCAGUGCGACAGAAAGCAGAUCCACAAGAUAUAUCAUCUGAUAGUGAAAUCAUGUGGGCAGGAUCACACUCACCCUCCAUUCCAAGUGGUUUUAAAAGAGACUUUUACCCACUUUCUGACCUGGACUCACCUAUUGGCUCUCCACCUAGACAUAGACACGAGCUAGUUACCGGUGCUCCAAAUCCUCAGCAUUAUAUGAGUGAUUCUGAGCUGGAGUUACAUCAAAGCCAAGAGAAUAUAGCAAGAGAGAAUCAGAUCAGAUGGGCUUGGGGAAAGCUUCCACAGGGUCCAGAUGGACGAUCACUGCCUGACAGGAAAUCUUCAGAUUUAAGGAAAGAAGACAUUAAACAUGUCCACAAAGCAAAGAGGAGAGAAGGAUCAUUCAAAUCACACAGCAAGGUUGGUGGCAAGGAAGGAAUUCUCCUGGAUGAUCUCAGGACUGUAGACCAUGAAGUAGCAGCUCUGUACCUACAUCAGGCCUUAGACUCUAAACUAAAACAGCAACAACAACAACACAGUGGCUCAGGAUCUGAAGACAGGGAGUCUGGUAUAGGACAGUCAUUGCCAAGUUCACCCAUAGCUGGGGAAGGACCAAAGGAAACAACAGAGGAAUAUCAUGACAUUGCCAUGUCACUGUGUGGAGAGUUAAGAAAUGGUAAAGUAUCACUUGAGAGUUUUAUACAGUCAAUAGUGUCAUUUGAUGACCUGAGUAACAAUCCUGCAAUACUGUCAGAUCCCAAACUUGUUAUUAGAAUCAAUGACAGAUAUUACAACUGGCAGAUUGCUGCUCCCAUGUUGAUGUCUCAUGUUGUUUUCCAAAGACCCCUUCGACAAGAUACAUGCCAGUCCCUGAUAAAACAACAUAUGCCAAAGAAGGAAAAAAGAAGAAGCUAUUGGUUUUCUUGGAGAGCUAAUGAGGAGAAGAGUUCAGACGAAGAGAAUGAAGAUAUAAAGAAGGAUAAGCCACGCCCAAGGGUGCAUAGUAGUGGUGCAAGAAAACAAAUGUCUGUGCCAGAGAUGGAAAGGGAGGAGGAUGACAAUGAAAACAGGGCAAGAAAAGUAUCUGGGUGCAUCAGUGGCAAUGAAUCAGAUGCAUCCCCUAAGGAGAAUUACAGGAAAGUCACAAGGCUAUCCUCUGAACAAAUUGCAAGUUUGAAUCUAAAAGAAGGGGCAAACAGUGUAACAUUCUCUGUAACCACAAAAUACCAGGGCACUGCGAUGUGUACAGCAACCAUCUACCUAUGGAAUUUCAAAGAUAAGAUAGUUAUUUCUGACAUUGAUGGGACAAUAACCAAAUCUGAUGUAUUGGGUCAGAUUUUGCCAGUGGUGGGACAAGCUUGGGCUCAGUCAGGGGUGGCUCACUUCUUUUGUAAGAUCCAGAAGAAUGGUUAUAAAGUUCUUUACCUGUCAGCUCGAGCUAUUGGACAGGCACAGCAGACCAGAGACUACCUGAAGAGUGUAAAGCAAGAUCAGCUGAUGUUACCUGAUGGACCGCUUCUCCUGUCACCUGAAUCGCUUAUCAAAGCUUUUCACAGAGAAGUGAUCGAAAAGAAACCAGAGGAGUUUAAGAUUGCCUGUUUGAGAGACAUCCAAAGCUUGUUUCCAACAAAUAGAAAUCCUUUUUAUGCUGGAUUUGGUAAUAAAGUUAAUGACGUUCUUUCCUACCGUGCAGUCGGAAUAUCUGUGUCUAGGAUUUUCACUAUAAAUCACAGGGGUGAAGUGACACAUGACCUCACCUCUGCUUUUCAAACGUCGUACAUCAAACUUAGUGACUUGGUGGACCAAAUGUUCCCGCCAUUCAAAAUGGAAGAUCUUCGUCCAGCGGGGCUGAUAGCACCAGACCAAUUUAGUUCUUUUACAUAUUGGAGAGCGCCACUUCCAAGGAUCUCUAUGGAUGAACUUAGCUAUGCUGAUGGGGACGGAAGCCAAGGGACAGGUUCCAACCAAAUAUAGAGUUCAACAUUUAGACGGUAGACCAGAAUAUAUGAUUGUAAAACAACAAAUGCUGAAACCCAUUAAUUGUAAGGUAUUAUGGUUAUUUCUUUAUUUUCUUAGCGUAUUUAAAUUUUUUUGUAAAAAUAGGUGAAUUUGAAAAUUUGUUAAGGUUAGAAACUAAUUGAAAUUUAUACCAAAUCUAAUACGAUCCUGAUGGUUUUUGUGUUCACGUUAAAUUAUUGUGUAAAUUAAGUUUAGGUGAAAAUUUUCCUCUUAUGAAAGAAUUGUGUUUAUAGAUAUUACAAAAUUAUUGUAAAUAGCAUCAACUAGGUUUUAUUAUGAUCCAUAGAUGACAUUUCCUCAGCCCCAGUACCACUUUAGCUGCGUAUUUUAUACUCGUCUUUUACUCCCGUCUUAGCUGAUUUCUCGCCAUGCAUUAGAGCUGGGUUUUAUAGUGAAUAGUUUUGCUGGAUGUUGUUUAUCAAGCGAAGCUCUCGAUGUUGUUGACAUACAGACAAGUGAAUUUUACUGACAUUGAAGCAGUUUUCAAUUGAGUGUCGAUAAAAGAAAACCAAAGUUGUCAGUGACCAAUCAGAACCGAGUUAACAUCAUCACCAGCCAAUGAGGACAAGUGUAAACGGGCAAACUGCUUAAAGCGCGGGAAAAGACGAAUGACCAUGUCGCAAUGGUGUUAAGUUUUGCAUCUGAUUGGUGGGAGGUUGGCGCCAGUUUUCUAGGCCAACCAAAAGCAAAGGAAAUUAAACCCAGAGCAAUCCCGGAUUACUUUCGACCCUCAAUUGAAAAUUUCUCUGUAUGGAUUCAAAACGUAGCGCAGUUUGGUCUGCUGUGAGACGUGUUUGUAUUUGCUCGAAUGGCAAACGUGAUUAUGAUGAACAUUUAGGUAAAAUUCUACGUUUGUUCUUUGGCACAUGGGAUAUAAAUUGAUAGCCCUAAAUUUGAAGAAUAAUUUUGAGAAGGUCAUCAAAGAAAGGGACUAAUAUAUGAUUGUAAGCACCAUAAGCCAUACUAUACCAAAAACAGAGAUAAUCUAUCUUUGCUACAUAGGUGAAGAACUUCUCCUUACGUAAUACGAGUUUUUCAGUGAGGGAAAUAAUAUAGAGUUGAAUAUUUAAUAACCUAAACGCUGUAAUUUCUGAGUUCAACGACAGUCUCCUCAGAGGGUCUCAAUGAGGCGAUGGCUUUAACGGCUAACGGUUAAAAUUUUGACCAUUUUGCGUCUAACGAUUAAAUCAUCCAUUGCUGUGAUAAGAAUUUUUUUUACGACAAUUGGUUAAGAUUUAUCUAUUGUACGCCUAACGGCUAAAUGUUUUCGCCGUUUCAAAACUAUCGGUUAACCCCAUUGAGACCCUCUGCUCAUUCUUAAUCGGACUUCAGGGCUGAUCAUUCGUCUUUAAGGAAAAGUAACAUUGGCGAAGACUCUUAAAAGUCGGGUCGUCACUCUUCCGAGAGGUGCUUUGAACAUCAGCGGAGCUUUAAAGCUGUAAACCUGAUGGAGAUUAUAGCGUGAAAAUAUAUUUAAAACAAAGCUAAACAUUGACUCAUUACUAAUGAGUUUACUAUUGUCACGUUGACGUAAAAUAUUUCGCGCGACUUUCACGGGAUAUGAUUUAUUGAGGUCUUUUGAUUUAUUUGGUUGGUUUGUCCAGCUCAGAUGGCUGUAUUUAAAAUAAUGGUGAGCUAAAUGGAAAAAAUAUAUAACUUUGUCAAUAAAACUGAUUUUCAAGAAAGAAA